CAUCAUCGGUGAAAUAUUUGCCAAUUUGCCGUGCUCAUUGGAAUUUAGCCACCACCGCCGCCUCUAUACCCGCCACUGCCGGCCGCAACCUCCACCUCCGUAGCCACCACCCUCUACUGUUAGCAAAGGACAGAUUUGUGCCCCGAAACACGGCGAGAAGAAAUGGAAAUGCGAGAAGUGCUCCAAGAAGUAUGCGGUUCAGUCUGAUUUGAAGGCCCAUUUCAAAACCUGUGGCACCAAAGAGUAUAGAUGCGUGAUAGCUUCAUUACACACAGCAGCCAUCUAAAUCUGAAAAUUCCCAUGCACGCAUUAUACAUCUGAUUUCUCUCAUCGUCUCCUUUGUCCGAGCUCCGACGAUCCUACUAGGCGACUCUUACGCUCCAUCAAAGAUCUUUGGAUCCAGAAGUGAAUAAGGGUAUAACUAUGGAUCCUUCAGCACUUUUAUUCAACCAGCUCAAGACGGCAGAGCCCUUCUUCUUACUAGCAGGUCCUAAUGUGAUUGAAUCUGAGGAUCACAUUCUUUACAUGGCCAAACACUUAAAGGCCAUGACUUCCAAACUUGGUUUGAAGUUUGUAUUUAAGUCUAGCUUUGAUAAAGCUAAUCGAACUUCCUCCAAAUCAUUCCGUGGUCCUGGCUUGGCAGAAGGCUUGAAGAUCCUUGAAAGGGUUAAAACAACUUAUGAUGUACCUAUAGUCACUGAUGUUCACGAAAGCAUUCAGUGUGAAGCAGUAGGGAAGGUUGCUGAUAUAAUUCAAAUUCCUGCUUUCUUAUGCCGGCAGACAGAUCUCCUAGUUGCAGCUGCCAAGACUGGCAAAAUAAUCAAUAUCAAGAAAGGACAGUUUUGUGCGUCAUCUGUCAUGUUAAAUUCUGCUGAAAAGGUCAGAUUGGCUGGAAAUCAAAAUGUCAUGGUAUGUGAGAGAGGCACCAUGUUUGGCUAUAAUGACUUGAUAGUUGAUCCCCGCAACUUAGAGUGGAUGAGGGAAGCUAAUUGUCCAGUUGUGGCUGAUAUAACACAUUCUUUGCAACAACCUGCUGGGAAGAAGUUGGAUGGCGGAGGUGUUGCUAGUGGUGGUCUUCGCGAAUUGAUUCCUUGCAUUGCCAGGACAGCUGUUGCUGUUGGAGUGGAUGGACUUUUUAUGGAGGUGCAUAAUGAUCCUUUAAAUGCUCCAGUUGAUGGUCCUACACAGUGGCCUCUUCGCCAUCUGGAAGAACUGCUGGAAGAGCUCAUUGCAAUUGGUAGGGUCAGCAAAGGGAAGAAGCAAUUCAAAAUUGAUCUCACUCCAGUCCGUGAUUAGAUUUUUCCAUGAUGGUGGUUGGGUACGAUGAUUUCAGUGUGGUUGCUGCACCAAAGUAGUAGGCAUGGUCUCUCUUCAUCAAUAUAAAUAAUGUAGUUGGAGUUGUUAUCCACUGCAGAGGCAACGAUCUGAUAUUGGCGAUGUUAUGAACAUUCAUCUCAGUGGUGACCAACAUUUGUAUAAGUUUUGGAUUGAUUAAGAUUAUGGAUUCAUGAUUUUAUUCUAAAACUAGAAUGAUGGGGCACUUCACUUUUGGAGAAAUAAAAUAUCAAUCCUUAUACCAUGGACCAUGGUUCAUGGUGCACGGUGGACCCUAGUGCAUGUAUGUGCUAUGUUGUAAGUUUUUUUGUGUCUUAUGUUAUGAAAUUUUGUACUUUAAAAGUAUGAAUUUUGUAUUUAAAACAAA